CCGCGCGCCUGAGCACCCAUUUGACCCAGGAAUUUCGGAGCGCUGUCUCCAAGUGCGCAGCUGGCGGCACGAUGUACUCGCAACGGAACCGCGAGCUGCACAAGGCUAUUCACAAUGACUAUUACGCCAAGGUCAUCAGCUGCCUCGACGAGGGACCGAAACGAGAGCGCAAGAAAGUAUUAGACCAGGCGGAUGGAAACGGCGCCACACCGCUGACUCGCGCUGCAUAUGGUGGACACAACAGAAUUGUCGCUGCGCUGCUCGAUCGCGGCGCCAAAAUCGACGAAGUAAAUUACGAGGGCAGCUCGCCACUGAUUGUGGCGUGUGAUAACAACAAGUGCGAGACGGUAGAGUUACUCCUGGCGCGCGGUGCGAAUAUAGAUUUUAAGACUCGCGUCCGGUAUCAAAACGGCUUUACGCCGCUGCUCGUCGCGUGUCGGCACGGUCACGUCGACAUUGUGCGGCUGCUGUUGGAAAACGGCGCAAACAUAAACCUGGGGAACUACUGUACGCCGCUGCAGUGCGCUUGCCGGCACGAAAAUGUUGAGGUCGUGGAGUUCCUGUUGGACCGCGAAGCAAGAACCUAUUCGCCAGAUACUUUAGUAGCCGCGUGCUAUGGUGGUAGCGUCGCCGUGGUUCGUUGUCUUCUUGCGCGCGGGGUCAGCAUCACCUUUCGGUCGCGUGAGGUCGCACAAACUAAACCUGAGAUCAAGGCGCUCCUCGACGCCGCCGCCCAGCCACGCAAGCGCAACCUCUCGCACUGGAUCAACCGCAUUCACCUCCACGUUGUCGGGCCGCGGGGCGACCACCAGGGCUCGGCGCGGCACCGGAUCCUCAACUGCCAGCAUCUCGCACGACACCUUCUGUCCUUCCUGCCGCACCCGCCGUUCCGAACAAAAAUGCGCCGCCGAUUCCGUGACUCCGAUGCAGACGACACAGACUCUGACGAAGAAGACAAUUUUCUGGUGCGGUUUCCGCCCGGUCCGGAAGCUUUCUUUUCCGCCCGGUAG